GCACUAGAGAAAAAGCUGGCUGUAUCUCAACACGUACUUCGCUAUCUACCUAGACAGCUAGUGGAACAUUCUUGGUGGGUGAAGUAUAUUUGGGGAUCACAGGCGCGAGCCGACUCAUCUCAGCUGUCAUUGACUGUGAUCAACAAAUGUUAGAAUGGCUUGCCGUACUGUGAGCCGAGCUAAACGCGGUUACGAGAUCCAAAAAUACUAUCAAGGAUCAAGUAGCUCAAUAGGAUUUGAGACACAGACACAAUGUGCCUUGAGGGGAGUUUCGAAAUGACUCGUGUAAACGAUGUGCAUUCACAGUAGUUUUCUGUCGUUUCACCUAUUUAACGCCAGAGGUAUGUUUAUAUUACUAACCGCACAUAGAUCACGAGUUGUAGGCAGUGGAAAACAGGACUGAAGCUCAGCAGAUGAGAGUCGACUCGGGGUUUGUUGACAGGUCUUAUACUGUGUUAAUAUUAUAUUAAACUGUAUUUUCCCGUAGAGAAAGAUGUUGUCAUUAGAGGAAGCUAAAGCGAGGUUAGAAAGUGCAGGGCAGAGCCAUGCUUUACAGUUUUGGGCCGAGCUGUCUGCAGAAGAAAGGGACUCGCUUCUGGAGGAGAUCUCUCAGCUUGAGCCUGAAGAGUUACUCCUGCACUGCAGGGCUGCUGCUGCGGCUGUAAGCCGACAAUCGAGUGCUGACGGUCGGCUUGACGCCCGGAUGGAGCCCGUUCCUCCAGAGUUCAUUGGAAGUGUGCGUAAAAGUGACAAAGAAACACUUCAAAUAUGGGGUGAUGAAGGAUUAUUGCAGAUUUCACAGGACAGAGUGGCUGUUCUGCUGUUAGCUGGUGGUCAGGGCACUCGACUUGGGGUGUCAUACCCCAAGGGAAUGUACAAUGUUGGGCUUCCAAGUGGGAAAACCCUGUACCAAAUCCAAGCAGAGCGUAUCCAGAAGGUGCAAGAGCUGGCCAAUCUGAAGCAUGGUUGUAGGUGCACAAUAGUGUGGUACAUAAUGACCAGCGAGUUCACCCUUGGGCCCACAGUGAAGUUCUUCAAAGACAACGGCUACUUUGGUCUUAGUCCAUCCAACGUGAUCAUGUUUGAGCAGAGGAUGAUACCAGCGGUGGACUUUAAUGGAAAAAUCAUCAUGGAGAAGAAGAACAAAAUUGCCAUGGCACCAGAUGGAAAUGGUGGUCUCUAUCGUGCCCUAGUGGACAACAAUAUUCUAGAUGAUAUGGAGAGGAGGGGAGUGGAGUAUCUUCAUGUUUACUGUGUGGACAACAUCCUGGUGAAGAUGGCAGACCCAGUCUUCAUUGGCUUCUGUGUAUACAAAGGUGCAGACUGUGGAGCAAAGGUGGUGGAUAAGGCCUAUCCUGCAGAGCCUGUUGGAGUGGUGUGCCGUGUAGACGGUCUCUAUCAGGUAAUAGAGUAUAGUGAGAUCCAGCCAGAGACUGCAGAACUGCGAGGCCCAGAAGGAGAGCUCCUGUUCAGUGCUGGAAAUAUCUGCAACCACUUCUUUACCAGAGGCUUCUUAAAGGAAGUGGUUGAAAAGUUUGAAAGUCAGCUGAAGCAGCAUGUGGCAUUGAAAAAAGUGCCAUUUGUUGAUGGAAAGGGAAAUCUGGUGAAACCAACCAAGCCCAAUGGCAUCAAGAUGGAGAAAUUUGUCUUUGAUGUCUUCCAUUUCUCAAAGAAAUUUGUUGCCUUUGAGGUGUUGAGAGAGGAGGAAUUUUCACCCCUGAAAAAUGCUGAUGGGGCGCCUCUGGACACACCAACCACAGCUCGCCGAUCUUUGUUAGCACAACAUUAUCGCUGGGUUUUGGCUGCUGGUGGAAGCUUCCUGGAUGAGCAAGAUAAUCCCAUCACCCAAAAACAUAGUGUGGCACUUAAUGAAGACCCCCCAGCAAUCUGCGAAAUCUCUCCAUUUGUAUCAUACUUUGGCGAGGGUCUGGAAAAGCUGCUGCAACAGAAGAACUUGAAUUCCCCAUUUCUUCUUGAUGAGAAUAAAGCCAAGAAUCUUUUGCAAACUAUAUAAGAUGCUGUUUAGACUAUAUACUGUACUAUCAUGUUUAGGCACAUUUUUACAAUGCAAUGGAAAUUAAAGGGAUGUUUACAUAUCAGUUAUCACUCCAAUAAAAUAUUUAGGCAGAACAGAUUGUUUUGCCAACGAGGUAAUAUGGUAAAUAUUAAAGAGAUUCCUCAAAUUCUUCUACAGAUCAGAGCACAAUUAACUAAUGAUUAAAACUCAAAUAUGAAUUUUGUAUGAUGUUUGAAUCAGUUUAAAAUACAUACUAUGCCAAUUAUAGUACACUUGAUUUUAUAAUAAUUUCUAUUUGUUUUGUAAUUUCCUUUGGUUUUAUAAUACUUGACCAUAUCAAUAAAAUCAAA